GAGAGAGAGAGAGGGGGGAGAGAGAGAGACUCCUACGCUCUGCGCCAUCGAUUGGAACACAGCAGAUAGGAGCUUGGAUCGGACGUUGCCCAGAAUCUUGACGGGUUUUUUUUUACAGUAGUUGGGGGGAAUGCUAAACGUGGAUCCGCCAUUUGGAACAUGCUAUUAGGAAAUCUGUCGGCGGUGUUGUGCUACUUCCUGUGCGCUGUGAAGCUCAGCAGCCCCUAUGUGUUCCAGGCCAGCCGGCUCCCUGAGGGGGGGGACCCUCCGGUGCAGACCAAGACUAUCUUGGAUUCCCUGUGGGUGAGCUCGGCGGGCAGCUGUAAAGGGCGGUGCUUUGAGCUGGAGGAGGCCCAGCCGCCCGGUUGUCGCUGUGACAACCUGUGCAAGACGUACUACAGCUGCUGCUCCGACUUCGACCAGCACUGUCUGAAAACAGCCGGCGGGUUCGAAUGCACUAAGGAUCGCUGUGGUGAGGACAGGAAUGAGGAUCAUGCCUGCCACUGUUCUGCAGACUGCAUGGAGAGAGGAGAUUGCUGCACCAACUACAAGUCCCUCUGCCAAGAAGGUGAAACUCCGUGGCUUCUGGGCGAAUGCGAGGAGAUCAAGACCCCCGAGUGUCCAGCAGGCUUCAUCCGUCCUCCUCUCAUCAUGUUGUCGCUGGACGGAUUCAGAGCCUCCUACAUGAAGAAAGGCAGAUCCGUCAUUCCUAACAUGGAGAAACUCAGAAGUUGCGGUACGUCGUCGCCUUACAUGCGACCCGUCUAUCCUUCCAAGACCUUCCCCAACUUAUACACCUUGGCCACAGGGCUUUAUCCAGAAUCCCAUGGGAUUGUGGGUAACACCAUGCAUGACCCCGUGUUUAAUGCCACCUUCAACCUGCGAGGCCGCGAGAAACUCAACCACCGCUGGUGGGGGGGGCAGCCGAUUUGGGUCACAGCAGAAAAACAGGGAGUGAAAGCAGCCACCUUCUUCUGGCCGUGGGUGAUUCCGCUGGAACGAAGGAUUUUGACCAUCCUGCGGUGGCUCCACCUGCCCGAGGAACAGCGACCGUACGUCUACGCUGUGCAUUCAGAACAACCCGACACCUUCGGACAUCGACUGGGACCUCUCAGCAAUGAGCUGGACAACCCGCUGAGAGACAUCGACAACGUCAUUGGCCAGCUGAUGAACGGGCUGAAACAGAUGAACCUUCAUCGCUGUGUCAACAUCAUCAUCGUAGGAGACCACGGAAUGGACGAGGCCCACUGUGACCGGACCGAGUUCCUCAGCAGUUAUCCGCUCAACAUCCAUGAGAUAAUACUGAUUCCAGGAUCCCUGGGCCGGAUACGACCCCGCGACCCCAAAUCCACCACAUAUGACCCCAAAACAGUGGUGGCGAACCUCACCUGUAAAAUGCCGACCCAGCACUUCAAGCCUUACCUUAAGCAGCAUCUUCCCAAGAGACUCCACUAUGCCAACAACCGCCGCAUCGAAGACGUCCACCUGCUGCUGGAGAGGAAGUGGCACGUCGCCAGGAAAAUGCCUGAAGUCAAGAGGACGCGGUGUGGCUUCUUCGGAGACCACGGCUUCGACAACAAGAUCACCAGCAUGAGAACUAUCUUCAUGGGCCACGGACCGAGCUUUAAAUUCCAGAAACUUGUGCCAGAGUUUGAAAACAUCGAGCUCUAUAACAUCAUGUGUGAUUUGCUGGGGUUGAAGCCGGCGCCCAACAACGGGACCUACGGCAGUCUGAACGACAUGCUCAGAGAGCCGCCCUACCAGCCCACCAUGCCACAGGAAGUGACCCCACCAUCGCCUGCGUCUGACGCGGAGGCCACCGUGACCCAUGACCUGGGCUGUAGCUGUGAUGAUGAGAACAAAGUGGAGGGGGUGAUGGAGAUUUUCAGCCCUGCACCAGAUGGAGUCUACUCCUACAACACCACCCAGCUGCCGUUCAGCCGGCCGGCGGUGAUGUUUGAGACGCAGUACAACCUCCUCCAUCACGUGGACUUUAUCAGUGCCUACAGCAGGGAGCUGUCUAUGCCUCUGUGGACCGCUUUCACACUGCACAAACAAGAGGUCACCAGCCCGGUGCCGGAGGUCUCUGCUGGAGGCGAAUGUGUCCGGGCCGACCCCCGGGUGGCGCCGCGUCACAGCCAGAGCUGCAGGGCCUACGCCCAGAACCCCCAUCUGACCCCCGGCUUCCUGUUCCCCCCCGCGCUGGCAGCCUCUGCUGAGUCCAGAUAUGAUGCAUCCCUCAUCACCAAUACCGUCCCCAUGUACCCCGCCUUCAAGAGAGUGUGGUCUUACCUCCAGAGGACACUGUUGAGACGUUACGCUGAGGAAAACAACGGGAUCAAUGUGCUGACCGGCCCCAUCUUUGACUUGAACCACGACAGUCUCAGAGACACCACAGAGAAGAUUCAGCAGUUUUCGGGAUACGGUCCUCCCGUCCCGACUCAUUUCUACACCGUGGUGACUUCCUGCCAGGAGGAGAACCAGACGGUGGAGGAGUGUGAGGGCCCCCUUCGCGUCUUCUCCUUCCUCCUCCCCCACAGACGGGACAACAGCGAGAGCUGCAAUAGCGCCGAGGACGAGUCCAUGUGGGUGGAGGAUCUGCUGAAGCUCCACACGGCCCGUGUCCGAGAUGUGGAGAUCCUGACGGGCCUGGACUUUUACCGCUCCACCAACCUCACCUACACCGAUGUCCUGACCCUCAAAACCUACCUGCACACCUUUGAGAGCGAUGACUAGACUGCACACGCACACACACGCACACACACAAACACAAUCACAUACACACACACACACACACACACACACAGAAUACACACGUGCACGCACGACCACAUCGGUGCAGUGUUCCUCACAUGCACACUUCAGGUCACGUGCACGCUCAUGGCGAGACCUUUCCUCUCUCUUGUCUCCAUAUCUCCUUUUCUCUUUCCUCCCUCUCUCCAAUCUCUCCCCUCCCCCUCCCUCCGUCCUGGCUAAUCUUCUAGGUGUAUAUUUUUAUACAAUUUUAUUUCAUAUUUAUUUUGUAGCAGAUUAACAGUAGCGCCAUCCAGUUUUACAGCACUAAUCCGAUACGACUAAUCUAUCCCGAGAAACGAGUGCUGCCGCCAUCGGCUGGAUGUCACUUUAUCCAAACACAAUUCGGCGUGGAGAAAAAAAAAGAACAAAAAACAGCAACAGCGGUAAGCAGAAAGCCAUUAAUUUUGUUACCCACAUUCACCUCGGUCCCCGGCGCCCCGCUUUCAGUAAGAAGUCUGAACUUGCUUUAGCUAAGCUAGACAGGACGAGUGGGUUCCGCCCGUCAGAAAGGCGAACGUACUUUGUGGGCCCCAUUGAACCUUUGGCUUCUUUACAGCGCUUUAUAUAAUGGUUAUAUAUAUUUUUUCUAGUGACUGGUUUCGAGGGAGAUGGUGAUGAUGGUGGCUGAUGGAGUAUCAUUUUUGGAGGAAAACCUGCUGUUUUCCCUCCAAAACAUGCUAUGUUUUCCUCAACAUAAUGAAGGCACCUAAACCAAGGAGGUGCGUGCCUCCUCGGUUUAGGUGUCUGAUGCUAAAAAAAAAAAACCCUCACCUUUCCAAUAAUUGCAUAAAAAACUACUUUGAAUACUUCCACUCUGAUUUGCCAGAACAUGAGUGCUGCCUGCAUUUACCCCAACAAAACAGCCUACAGCAGUAGCACUACAAGCUACCACACAUGGAGCUAACUGGGGCCACCAGUCCCCUCUCAUGGUUUGUUCUACUGGUGUUUCUUCUGCACAGCAUAAAGUUCAAACAGCCUGAAUGUAAUGCCCCUUUUCCACUACGUGGUACCGGCUCGACUUGACUCGCCCUUUUUUCGUUCUCCGUUGCUGGAAAGUACUGGCAUUUUGGUAACCUUUACCACUUUUCUGGUACCACCUUUGUCGAGGUUCCAAAAAGAAAAACUGGAGUGGGUACCCUGGGUGGGGGGGGGGUACUGUUACAGUAAUGGAAAACAAUGCUCGUCGAGUCGAGUCGAGUCAAGCUGAGCCGGUACCAUGUAGUGGAAAAGGGGCACAAGUGUGACUGCAGCCGUACUCCAUGGUGACUGCGUGAAGUCACUGUUUCCUUCCACCGUUCUGUCGAUUCAUGGUAGAAUUUUUGGUAAAAACCGUAAACAUCCUGGCAUUUUUAGUACACUUGAUUACAACGUACAAACAUUUUAAUGAAGAAUAUGGAAAAUGGAUACUAUUUUGUAUGUACUCUAGCUGUAGUAUGAAUAUUCAUACACGUACCAAUGACAAUGCAGAUGUUUGAAAUAAAAGGUGGUGCAGUGCUUACAAACAACCCGUUUGUAUGAUGACGUUCAGAAAUUUCACAGUGUAUGUCUUCCUGUUCCUUAACAUCAGAAAACCGCAUGUCUGAAAAGUCAUGGUGGAGAAAUCUAGUUGGGAUUCUGGGUUGUCCCACUGCAUUAUUACUCAUAGUUGGAUGUGGGAAAGCUGGAUGUUUGCAAUAGAAUGGAAGGCAGCACAAGAAACAGAGCAUCACGAAGCCAACAGACAUGGUCAGUCACUACGGUUCAUAUGAGGGGUGCUGCCGUCCCAGAUAGCAAAGAAUCUUUGGCCCAUAUCUGCAGUUCUCUUACGGUCCACAUUUGGCCUUGAAUGACGGUGUUGGCUCAGGGUGGGUGUGGCUGCCUCAACUCAGCCACAGGUCCAGGUGUGUGGGCCUCUUCUGACCCACACAGCAUGUGCCUUAACUAAAGUCAAGCCUGGCUAAAUAGAAUUGGGCCACAUCUGCCCCAUGUAGUAUGUGCUGUAACCCAAGUCGAGCCCAGUUCAUUACAUUUGGGCCAUGUCUGGCCCACACAACACUUGCCGUAACCCAAGUCAGGCCCGGCUUAUGACAUUUGGGCCACGCUUGGCCCACGGAACAGUUGCCUGUGCCGUAACUGAGCCGUAAGUACCAAAAGUUCCCCAGAUUAGGCCCAAAUGUGUCUGCUAUCUGGGGAUACAGCAUCCUGCAGAUCCUGACAGGCUAGCUAGGACGUUAGCCUUGGUGGUGAAGGCUUGGCUUGAGUCAAGAUCACACACUCCAGUCCUCAUUACACAGCAAAAUAUGAUACCAGUGGUGCUGCUCCGGAAAGAUCUAGAAAGUCCAGCGCUAUGCCAGCUGUUAAGCUAGCCGUUAGCGGGAGCAGACAACGAGCUGUGGGAACAGGCUGACACUACACCCACACACGAGUCCCAGUUGGUCAGAGUAAAUAAUUUCAUAGUAGUUUUUACACUGCAUAUAAAAGUCCACAUUUAGGGCAAAAAGACCCAACGUUUCAGCCCCGCUUAUGUAACUGAAGAUGGUGUUCAAACAGGUCCUCAUAUCCAUCAAAUGAGUCGGUUGAGCGGAGGCUGUCGAAACUGUUUUCUCUGUCCUGAAUUGUUCAUUAACUUGUGAUCUGAAUAAAUUCUCAUGAUAUUGUG